GGCUCGUGCUGCUGCAGCUCAUGGAGGAAGGGAAAAUAUGCUGCAGUUGCUGGUGAAACCACUGGCUGCUGUCUCGCUGCUGUUAGGCCCAUUAAACGGUUGUCUUAAGUAGGGGGGUUCCGACGACGGCCGCUUCCUAAGUGACCGCCGAUAAUCCGACAGGCAAGUAAAUCUAGGAGGCUGUGGUCAUAGCCUCCUAUUCUAAAUGAUAGUGUAUAGGUGUUCUGUGCUCCUGUCUAGACUUACGUCCGUGUAUCUAGAGGAGGAGAUGGUGCAAUGGACGGCACUCUGAUAGCGACUAGUGCAUCGACGGAUAAGAAGCCGAAGGUUGAAGACAUGGUUGAUGAAAAUCAUUAUGCGAAUGAAGUUGCGGUAGACGUGAAGCUUACUGCUGAUCACGGACACUAUGUGAACGAAGUUACGACGGACGUGAAGCCGUGUGUUGAUCACGGACACUACGCGAAUCAGGUUACUGCGGACUCGAAGCCGUGUGUUGAUCACGGACACUAUGCGAAUGAAGUUACGGCAUUGGUGGACGAGAAGCCGAGGGUGGAUGAUCGGCAUGAUGCGAAUGCAAUUACUCUCUGUAAAGGUUCUGUUUCUGCGGAAGCCCGUGGCCAGUACCAUUUGCUCGUCUCUGUAGAAGAUGAUGUGCAUUCCUGCCGGCAGUGUGCCUAUACGACCAAGAUUAAGAGAAACAUGAAAGAACACCUUCGCCGACACACAAUGGAGCAUCCCUUGCAGUGUCACCUGUGCCCUGCUACUUUCACUGCGAAUAUCCGCCUCACAGAGCACAUUCGCACCCAUACCGGAGAGCGUCCUUUCUCUUGCACCCACUGCAAUGCAUCCUUUUCACGGAAAAACGGCCUCAAGGAACACUUGCGCACCCACACAGGAGAGCGUCCUUUCUCCUGUCUCUUCUGCGAUGCAUCCUUUCCACGAAAGCGUGACCUCAGGGAACACGUAAGCAAACACACAGGACAGCGUCCAUUUCCCUGUGACCAAUGUGAUGCAGCCUUUGUGAAGAGAGACACCCUCGUGAAGCACAUGCGCACCCACACCGGCGAACGCCCCUUUUCCUGUGGCCACUGUGAUGCGUCUUUUUCCCAAAAAAGCAACCUCAAGCUACACAUGCGCACCCACACGGGAGAGCGCCCUUACUCUUGUGUUCACUGCGAUGCAUCCUUUACACUGAAAUCCAACCUCACAAUGCACUUACGUACCCACACAGGAGAGCGUCCGUAUUCCUGCAUCUACUGCAAUGAAUCCUUUUCACAGAAAAUCGCCCUCAGUCGCCAUAUCUCAAGACGUCAUUCAAAUGAAGCUUAGAAGGGCAGGGGUGCCAGUGUUUCUAAUGUGGGGGUUACAUCACUGAUUUGUUGUACUAAAAGGUGAUCUUUUACAAAACCCUUUACUGACGUGUGCCGCCAAUAUGUGACAUUCCAGAAAACUCUGAGCAAGCAAGUCACGAAAUGUGUGCCGCCUUUAACGGCAGUUGCGAAGUACUCACAAACAACAUAGCUUACAGCAGGAAAUAUCUAGCACUGUGAUGUGUAAAGAAUUUUAUGCUCAAAGAGGUGUUGUGUAGCUGAUGGUGGAAAGCACGAUGCAUGUGAACAUCUCUCGUUUCAUAUUUUCUCGCCUGAGUGACGUAACUUCAGUCUUCUAUAAAUUUGUUGGUGUCUACGUACCCAAGAGGUUGCACACGACAUGUUACAAAGUUAUUAAGUACGUUUUUGUUACAAGAUCCUUGCUUUUGUGGCAUGCUGCGAAUUCGCAACAUACCUGUAUGUAUGUAUUCAAGUUGAAUUUUAGAUAAUGUAAGUGCGGAAUCAAUGCAAGGUUGCUAUGUAAAGCUCAAAAAUGAUUUUUUUAGCUGGUUUCAUAAUUCACACAAUAAAGGUUUAAUGUGCAUA